GUCUCAUUGAACUGUUGGUUCCACGUGGAAAGCCGGCCUUUAAACUUCCAUGUGCUAGUUGCAAACUUAUCACGGGGUCUAAGUUGUGGACCACCCUAAGCACCUCCGAUGUUCCGAUUUGUAAUUAGCGCUUACUCGUGGGGUCUGUGAUUAGGUGUAGGGCUGGAUGAAACCCGACGGCCAGCUACGUGACGCCCUUGCCAACACGUACUCUAGCGACAGGCAACGUUGGAUGGCGGAUGAACGCGCCUACUAUGCGAGCAUGAAUUAUGGUAGACAGCCAGAGGGACAGAGUCACCAUCAACAGCCACCGCAUCACCAGCUGCGGCCUGGUACAGCUCCAUACCAUGCUGCCGCUGCACAGCAGGCGCCGGCUGUUGGCUGGGGUGGCCAAGCCAUCCAGGAGCCUUCUGGUUACCGUGUUCCCUGGUUUGGGCGCAGCCGGUCGAAAUAUGGGGGCGGCAAGUAUGGCAAAAAGGGUGGGGAUCAGAUGUAUCCAGCCGGGCAAGGUCGCGCCGGCGGGCCUGGCGGCGCUGGCCCCUCAAACAGAGAAGGCGAGGAUGCGCUGUCGGUCGAGGAGAUGGUCGUGAUCAUUCAGAAAUUGCAGGCCAAUGAGCCACUGCCGGAUGUCAUUUUCCGUGCUCUCCACCACGUUGACAGCCGCGCGGUAGCUCUCCUUUUGAAAGACCUCAGCCGCCUCGGGAAAGACCGGCGUGCAAUGGAGCUCUUCGAUUGGUUGCGCUCAGCCAACGAACGCAGCCCGCUUCGGGCGCUUUGCGAUGUCUAUAGCUACACGGCCACCAUCUCGCUCUGCAUACACGGGCAGGAUGUCGAUCGUGCGCUAGAGCUGAUGCAGGAGAUGCGGUCGCGGAAUAUUGAGCGGAACGUCCACACGUACACUGCGUUAAUGAACGUAUGCAUAAAAUGCGGGAAACUUGCCCUUGCGCUGGACAUUUACAACUCCAUGCGCGCGGUAAACUGCAUGCCCAAUGUCGUUACCUACAACACGCUCGUCGACGUCUACGGGAAACUGGGGCAAUGGGAGCGCGCGAUUCACGUGCUGGACUUGAUGAAGCACGAGGGUGUCGAGCCUGUGCUGCGGACGUACAAUACCUUGAUAAUUGCCUGCAACAUGUGCAACCAGCCGCGGGAGGCGCUGGCGGUCUAUCAGCGCCUCUUAGCAGAGGGCUUCACGCCCAACUCCACCACGUACAACGCGCUCAUCAGCGCGUACGGCAAGACCACGCAGCUGGGCAAGGCGCUCGAGGUGUAUCAAGAGAUGCUGCGGCAGAACAUGGAUCGCAGCGUCAUUACGUACAGCUCCCUGAUCAGCGCAUGCGAAAAGGCGGGGCAGUGGGAGACGGCGCUGCGGAUUUUUAACGAGAUGCAGCAGGACAACUGUGUCCCCAACACCGUCACCUACAACUCGUUGGUGACGGCGUGUGCCCAGGGUGGUCAAUGGGAAAAGGCCACGGAGGUGUUUGAGCAAAUGAAUGCUCACGGCUGCACCCCCGACGUCGUCACGUACACCGCUCUCAUCAGCGCUUACGAGCGCGGGGGGCAGUGGCAGAAGGCGCUGCAGGCGUUCCACAAGAUGUGUGUGCAGGGCUGCAAGCCGGACGCCAUCGUCUACAACGCCAUCAUCGACACGUUGUGGGAGACGGGCAUCAUUUGGGCGCAGGGCAAGGCGCUGCAGCUGUUCCUGACAGCCGUCCAGCAGGGGCACUUCCGCCAGGAGCCGCUGGUGCGCCGCCCCGGCCGCAUCGAGGUCAACCUCCAUGCCAUGACGGCGGGCGUAGCGAUGGUGUGCCUGUACUGCUGGCUGCUGGAGCUCAAGCGUAUUGCAACGGAGAAGGGCCCACAGCACCUUCCCGCGGUGCUCGCCAUCGUGACCGACAUGGGCAAGGCCAGCCGCGAGCAGGGCAACUGCAUUGUUAAGGAGGCGGUGGCGGCCAUGAUGAGCUUCUGGGACGCGCCUUUCAGGCUGGUGCAGGACAGCAUGUACGCCUCCGUGCUGGAAGCUGGCGGCGCGCAGGUCGCGGAAUGGGUGACCAGCACCUCUUUCAGCGCGCAGCUGGCAAGCUUGUUCCCAAUUGCGGAUAGCAGCAAGAUGACGGAGGAGGUGUACGCCAUGCGUGAGCAGCAGGUCACGCAGGAGUGCCAGGAGGCGUUCGCAGCAGUGCAGCACUUUGAGAACACGCACGGGCUGGUGCUCUCAAACAUGAGCCCCGGCUACGUGCAGCAGCGGCCGGUCCUCAUCUCCCGACUGCUGGACCUGAGCUCUAAGCUCAGUCUUCGCGACGAGGUUGUGCACGAUGCGGUGCUGCUCAUGGACCGCACGGCCUCCCAGGCGAAGCAGGUGCCGGAGGACGUGCUGCCCCUGGUGGGUGUGGCCGCGCUCAUCAUUGCGGCGAAGCAGGGCGACAGCAGCGACCGCGUACCUACCAACGCCGAGAUUGAGCAGAUUACAGAGCUGCCUGCCACGGCAGUCGCUAAGAUGGAGUGGAACAUCCGCGGCUUGCUGACGGACGACAUCUCGGCAAUCUCCACCAUGCGCUGUUUGAAGGUGUACCUGGAGCGCCUCGGCUACCGCUACCUUGACAAGCAGGACGUGUACGGCAUGGCGGGUUUCGCCAUCAUGCUGGCCGUUGAGUCGCUGUACGACCUCUCGCUGCUGAACUGCCGGCCGUCAGUGGUGGCGGCGGCCAUCCUGUAUGCGGAGCGCAGGCUGCGUGGCGCGGUGCCCUUCUGGCCAUCCAUGCUGUCGAAGCUCACCGGCUACCAUGACAUGUCGACGCCGGAGCUCACGGUUGCGGUGCGCGUUGCACAGAAGCUCUCUCGUAAGCUGGUGUACGCGCAGAUGUACAAAGCGCAGCUCAUCCAGCUGGCGGGACAGACAGGCCCGGCUGCCGGCGCCGGACCUGGGGCGCCGGAGCUGGCCAGCGGCCCCCCAGGCGGCGCUCCUGGGCCGAUGGUGGCGGCCGGCGUGCGGCCCCACAUGCCACCUGGCGCCGCGCCUGCAGCCGUCAUGGCUGGGCCCUUGGGCGGCGCCGCAGGCGCCGGUAUCAUUGCACCACCCGCGGCGCCGCCUGUGGUGCAAGGGGCUCCGCACGGGGGCUCGCAUCCCUCGGCCGCAGUGCAGUGGCAGCAGGGCCGCUAUGAGCACAUGGGACAGGGCGCGGCGGGUGUGCCCGCGGGCGCGGACCCGUCGUCGGGUCUUGUGACAGCUUCGGGAGCUGGGCCCAGCAGUGCUGCAGUAUCGCAGCCGGACGACGGUGCGGCGAUCAAGGCGCUUACACAGGCGAUGCACAGCUUGACAACGGGCCCGCGCGGCAUGCAGCCAAACAACACGGCUGCGCUUGAGCAAUGGCAACGGCUUGGCGCCGAGGAGGCCAAUGAAGGCGUUGGGCCGGGGAGGUAGUGAGUGAAGGCACGUUUGUAUUGGGAGAAUGUCGUCUUCGUACGUUGCGGUGAGGUCUGCUGCAUUUCAAUUCUUGGUGCAAGGCCUUCUGUUUGGGGGAAAAUUGCUGUACUAAGCUGUUCAGGAAAUGUCUUCCCGCCGUACAUUGAUAUAGCACGUGAUUACCUUCUUUCACAUAGGAGCCUUAAGAACCUUAAUUGCCCAUGUCUCGUACGGGCUUCUGGGUAGCACUGCUUGAGGCUGUUCUUGGGGGGCGAUAGAACACGGGGGGUUAAGUACUUACGUCAAAUGGUAUGAGUCCUUGGGAUGAAUGCAUGAAGUUAUUUCCAUAUGCAGUGGAAGCUUAGUCAAUAAACUAAUGGCAUGUCCUUGACGAUAACGAGGCUUGAAGAAGUGAUAGCGGUGGCCCGGUGGGUGGACGGGUCAACAGCAGUUGGGCGUCUGGAUUGUCGUGGCUUGGAGGAGGGGGGGUUCUCAGCACGCACCUGGUUCAUUCGGCAUAUUAGUCGGUGCCUUCUAUUGCUGCUAUGGCCUUGGGUCAUGAUGGUGGGUUUGCACCGAGCGCGAGUCAGUUCUUAUUAGAAACUUUUCGUCAGGACCGCAAAGGACCCGCCUCAAAUCGCCCAGGCUGGUAACUGCAAAGCCGUGGAUUCUUCAGGGUUUGGUAGGCAGCGGUGCGCGUGCGGCAGGAUUUGUUACGCACCCAGAAAAGGUGUAUAGCCCGCGUUCGUUACAUGUGUUCAUCAAUUGGAAGGGCGGUGCGGAUGUUCUUGAUAUGCUGGAUGUUCGUGAGGGUUUGGCUGCGUUGUUUGGCUACGUUGAUUCAAACCCAACGAGGAGUUUGUGUCUUAUCAUUGAGCAAUGGUCCUGGCGAUGCGUGUAUUUUUAGGGCGCUCCGAUGGUUGGGUGCCCUACCACGCAUGAAGCCUGUUACUGCGCAGGCAUUGCACUGGGAAUUCAAUCUUUCCUGCUAGUGUGCCUGGUGUUCGUCGAUUUGUCAGUUUGCUCGUCACCAUGUGUAUUGUUGUUUAUCGAGUCCUGCACGGCACGCGCUUGCCUCUCGCUAUGGAUGCAUCUUGCGGUGGUGCAUACCCAUGCCAAGGGCGAUGCAUUUGCGGACAUUGCUCUGAGGCGUAACUUCAUUCCUCGUCGUCAAGUGUAAGGGAAGCCGGCUUGUACAUUUUAGCUAGCAGAACCUCGUGUGGGCACGGAGCAGGCAAUUGUGUAUCCAGCGUCCAAUGGUCUCUGAAGACAUGGAUAGCUCUCUGUGUGAGUUGUGGCAAUGGAAGGAGUGUCAGCCCGAGGACACCUAGGCGUGCACCUCGCCGAACCAUACACUCCCAUACAGUUAAGGGGGCUGGGGCAUCUUCUCAUGCUGGCUAAAGUAGCCCCUGCGCCCCCAGUCUGCCGCAAUGCCAUGACUCCAGUCACGUGGCUCUCCUCUGAACUCCAUACACAGCACGCUGUUCUUAAGCUGGCAAACCUGAUCCUGGCAAGACCAUUUGCGCUCAUCAUACGGACAAGCCCAGAUCGAGGCGGACGGGAUGGCUGCAGGGAUGGCUACGCGGUAGGGGGAGUUAUGCUUAAAUGCAUGGCCAUGUAAGGUGCGCGGGCAGUGCAUGUCAUGGCGAUAUAUGUGCAAGUUCAUGUCAAUAGCUGGCGGCGGCCAAGCAUGAGAUUCAGGGAGCACCGGUGCGUGUAUCCUUGCCUGAACCGCAGCGGGUAUUAUGGCGGGCACACGGGUUAUUGGUAUUAUGCGAGUGCGUUGCUCUGUACUUAUUAAUAGCUGGCUACGCGUUAGUGAAAAUGCUGCCGAACAUUUUUGGUCCCGGGCCGGUAUUUCAUUGCAGUCUCAUUUAGCAACAUAACAUGUUGCUAGGCUUGGUCAAUGUGAUCUUGACAAAGAACACUCUUGCCAAAGGAAACGCCUCAAGACUGCAGCAUGUGAUCGACUGUAGCAAGCACGGGUAGUAUGUCAAUGCAUCGCAAUAUGGUUUGUGCAUACCGCGUAUAGGGCGUUGAUGUCCACGGCAUGUCGUACGCAUGCAAUCAUACCUGCCUUCGUAGCCUGACUCGUAAAAUUGGAAAUUUGAGUACUUUAGAUGUUAGGCAUGGGCUGUUAAGUAGUUGAUAGUAUACUUACGCCUUCCCCGGCCUUGGUCUGGCCCGUUGCACAAACGAUCCUAGGGAUCUUUCCUCAUAGUGGGCUUCUGCUGCGGCUUGCUGGUCGCAUCAACGUUUUUGUCCCAGAUGGGAUUUGAUAACUUGUAGGACGGAGGCCCUUAGGACUCCAAGCUCAACUAAUACGGUCCGCGCGCUUUACACUAGGCUCCACAUUUGGAUAGCGACCGGAGUGGUGCCCCGUGGUGCUUUACUUAGCUCCUUUUGACCGUGGUCUCCAAUCUACUUCACUCUUCCUUGUGCGUGGAGCUAGGCAGCAAUGAAGGCUAGCACAAUUGUGCUGCUGCUGUUAGGCUGUUUGGCGUUGCCAGUCUUCGCAGCAGAAGGCAACACCACUGCUGUCACUCCAGUUGCUGCAAAGUCAUCUAGCGCCAGCACUCCUGCCAAUAACUCUAGCGGAACAGCAGCUCCUUCCGGAGCCAAGACGGCUCCAGCUGCAGCUGCCAGUCAGCCAGCAGCGAAAUCAACUUCUCAAGCCAAGCAGGACGGCAACGCAGCUAUAGCCAAGGCUGCUGCUGCUGCUGCAAAGGCUGCUGCAGCAGCUGCGGAGGCUGUUGAAGCAGCUGUGGCGGCAUCAGAAGCAGACGAUAAGGAGGAAGGCGACAAGCCUGCCGCUGCUACUGAGGACGCAGCUGCUGCUACCGAAGGCAAAGGAGAUGCUGUUAAGCCAGAGGAGUCGGCGAAGCCCGCUACAGAUGCAGCAAAAUCAACUGCUUCUCAGACUGCCAAGGCUGAGCCUGCUAAGGCCGAGCCUGAGGAGGCUAAGCCUGAGAAGUCAGAGCCUGUGAAGGCUGAGCCUGCAAAAGCAGAGGCUGCUAAAGCUGAACCUGCGAAGGCAGAAGGGGCAAAGGAAGAGGCGAAAAAAGCCGAUGAUUCCAAGAAGCCUGUUGCUACCGACGCAGAUGCAAAGGAGCCUCGCAAGAAGCGACCAGCCCGCACUAAGACAGCACCCUUCCAGAAUAAGCAGGUGGCUUUCGCGCCAUCCGCGAAUGUCACUUUCGGCGACGACAUUGACGACGAAGGUAAAUGCGCUAAGGAGAUUGAAAAGUAUUGCGACGAUGUGGAUGAGGGAGAGGGCAAGCUGGCGGACUGCAUCAGUGAGCAAAUCGAUGCCUCCGAGUCGCCCGAGGGUUCAGACGACGCUCCUGAUAUCUCGGAUGAGUGCCGCGAGGAGGUAUUUGCCUAUAAGGUCCAGCGUAACAGCAACAUCAAUGCCAACGUACCGCUGGCCAAGGCCUGCAAGGUUGACGCAGACAAAUUCUGCAACGUCACCUGGUUCUUCGGUUACAAGUCGGGGCAGGUUAUCGCAUGCCUGCGCGAUGUUAAGGCGCAGGUGUCCAAGCCAUGCAAGCACCAGCUAUUCAAAGUGAUGCAGGAGGCCGCCAAGGAUAUUCGGGCGGACCCCAUGCUGUACGAGGCUUGCAAGGAGGACACGGAGACGCUCUGCAAGGACGUCAAGAACGGUGGUGGCCGCGUCCAGGCUUGCCUGCGUGACAAGCGUAUGCAGCUGUCGUGGGCAUGCGAGGAGCAGCUCUUCCGUCAGGAGAUGGAGAACGCAGAUGACAUUCGCCUUAGCGUGCGUCUCUUCAAGAAGUGCUUGCCCGACAAGCGGAAGUUCUGCAAGGACAUUGAGCCCGGAAACGCUCGCGCCAAGGACUGCCUCGAGGAGAACCGCGACGAGCUGUCUAGCGGCUGUAAGGAGGAGGUGGACGCCAUGAUUGAACGGCGUGUGCGUGACUUCCGCCUGGACUCCCGGCUGCGGAGCGUCUGCGAGCAGGAAAUCUUCAACAUGUGCGCGUACUUCGGGGACCUGGACGACAUUGAUACCUACGAUUCAUCUGUGAUUAACUGCCUGCAAGACUACUCGGGCGAGAUCAAGAACGGCGAGUGCAAGGCCCAGGUCAAGAAAUACCUUCAGCUGGCGUCGCAGGACAUCCGGUUUGAUGUCCCUCUUGCUGAGGCGUGCUUUGAGGACCGUCAGAAGUUCUGCGCGAAUGUCCCACCGGGAUCUGCCCGUGUCAUCCGCUGCCUGAGCAACAGCCGUGACAACCUCAGCCCUGUUUGCCGCGCAACAUUGUUUGAUGAGGAGGUCCGGUUCUCCGAGAACAUUGAUUUCCAGUACCCGAUGAAGACCGCUUGCGUCAAGGAGAUUGAUCGUUUCUGCAAGGACAUUCCUCACGGCAGCGGGCGGGUUAUUCGCUGCUUGCAAGACAACAAGGCCCAGAAAGAGUUCGGCAAGGCUUGCGCCGAGGAGAUUAAGGCGUAUGAGGCCGAGAUCUCCAAGGAUUACCGCUUCAACUUCCGUCUUAAGAAGGCUUGCCAGAAGGACGUGGAGAAGCUCUGCCCCGGACUGUGCCAAACCAACGAUGGAAGUCCCUGCGGUGGUAAGGUUCUGCGCUGCUUGACUGACAAGAUCGACGACAUUGGCGACGAGGGCUGCAAGAAGGAGGUGUACUACUACGAGAAGAUGGAGGUGUCCAACUUCAUGAACGAUAUCCUGCUGGCUGAGGCCUGCCGCACGGAUGUUGACAAUUUCUGCAAGGACGUGGAGCCUGGCGAGGGUCGUGUGCACAAGUGCCUGCGUGACAACCGCAAGAAGCUGAGCGAUUCUUGCCGCCGGGAAGAGUUGCUGCUGGAGGAGAAGGAGGCGAACUCUAUUGAGCUCAACGUGUCUCUCCUGAAGGCAUGCAAGGCUGAACGCCAGCUGUAUUGCUCUGCAGUGCAGCCAGGGCAGGCACGCGUCUUCCGCUGCCUGGCAGAGAACAUGAACGAUGCUGAUUUUGGAAGUGGUUGCAAGUACCAGAUUGUUAGCAAGCUGCAGCGCAGGCAAGCCAACUGGAAGCUGGAUCCGCCUCUCCGCAAGGCGUGCAAGUCCGACGUGCUUACGUACUGCGCCUCCGAGGAUGCUGCCAACAGCGAGGAUGGGCUGGUUUACCAGUGCAUGGUCAAGAACUUCGAGUCGCUGUCGAACGGCUGCCAGAAGGAGGUUGGCCGCGCCGUGCACAUGGCGUUCUUCGUGUGGGCACCGGCCGCUAUCAUCACCCAUCUGUGCGACGACGACAUCAACCGCCUGUGCCUGGCGGAUCGCCCGAACAUGGCUUCCCGCCCUGGAGCUGUUGGCACCUGCCUUGCGACUCUGUUGGAGAAGCAGGAUCGUUCUUCGGCGCGCCUGCUCGUGGAGACCGCCGGCAACCCCAAGUUGCUUUCGCCGGCAUGCGCGCGCCUGGCCGACAUCGCGGAGCCGCCCAACAUGAAGCAGGCCUUUGAGUCCUCGUUGACUUUUGCCCUGCUCAAGGACCACCUAGAGAACAUUGAGGUUGCGACCGGCCUGCCAACCGUCACACGUGAUACGCGUGGCAACGCGCAGGGCGUCAGCCUAACGGGUUGGAUGGCCAUGCUUGGCAUGACUGCCCUCAUUAUUCUAGUCAUCUACGGCGGUUAUGCCGGUAUUAAGCGUAUUCGCGGUCUACCCGAUCGAGAUUACACGCUAGUAGUCAAGCAGCAGCACAAGUAAUGUGUAGAUGCUUGCAGUAGUGUGGUGCGGAGAGCUUUUAGUUAGAGCGUUGUGUUUGUACAUGGGGAUGAGCAUAGACGGUAGGAGUUCUGUCGCUUCGAUGGCGAGUAGGAUUCCCAGCUAGCGUAGCUGGUGAACUGUGGUGCGGGCGUUGUGGAUGGUCCGAACCUCAUUGUACCGUCGGAUCCGUAGCGAGCAAGGGCCCACGCAUGGAGACGGUUCCCCGUUUUGAGGUGCUGAGGGCGGUAGUUUACCUGAGGCUGUGAUUACCUGUGUUCUGGCAUCGUAAAAUGCGUGUGGCUAUUGAACAUGGACGGGAUGCGAAUGGGGAGCUCGAUGCUCUCAACAUUGUUCGGGCUGACCGUCGUAGAUCGUGGUACGAUUUUGCAUUAUGACCGGUACAUAUGUGCCCAAUGCUUUCGUGGAUGGCCAGCCGCGGAUUUAUUCCCAUAAUUUUGUGUAUCAAGGAAGAUGUUAGAUUGACUCGUGCGUUAACGGACAAGUUCGACCUCGUGCGUCAGCCUUUCCAGCUGGCACUAAUAGUAACAUAUAGCUGUUUCCACACAUCAACCCUUACAAAUGGAC